AUGGUCAAUGAGGAAUGGCUUUCAGCCUUCCCUUCUUCUCAUGUCAACUUAGACAGCCCAGACAUUUCAGACCACUCCACCAUCUCUCUAGCUAUUCAGUCCUUCCCUUCCUUUGGCCUCAAACCCUUUAAAUACUUCGACACAUGGGCCUCUCACCCCUCUUUUUUAACCAUAGUCGUUCAGGCUUGGGAAAAACCUGUCACUGCUUUUUCUUCCCCGCUCAUUGCAUUUUCUAGAAAGCUCAAAAAUGUCAAGGCAGCUUUCAAGGAUUGGAAUUCCAAUACUUUUGGGAACAUAUCUCAACAGGUUUUGGAAUGCAAGGACAGACUUGGCUCAAUUCAGAUUCGGCUGCAAUCGGAUCAUUGCAAUGGUGCUUUAGCAGAUGAAGAAAAGGCAACUUCUCUUGAGCUCUCUUCCUUACUUGCUCGAGAAGAGAGCUUUCAGAAGCAGAAAUCUAGAAUCAAGCGGCUUGAGCUGGGGGACUCUAAUUCUGCUUAUUUUCAUAGAUCUCUGAAGGCCAAAGUUAAUGCAAACUCCAUUUUUCAUCUUACAGCCCAAGAUGGUUCCAUUGUCUCCACUGUUAAAGGUAUCAAAGACUUGGCUGUUCAACAUUUUAAGGGCCUCUUCACCAGCUCUUAG